AUGGCUCCCUCUGCCAGUGGAAGAGACCCUCGCUACUCCUAUGACAGCACACUCUGGUGGUCAGAGCUGCAACAGCAACGUGGUGUGGCCUGUUGUCGAUCCCGUGUCUCCAGGGAGAGAUUCAGGGGAGAGCGAGUCCCAACCCUGGAGGAGGCUGUGGAGGAAUGCGUCAAACACCAGCUGACCAUCGUCUUCGAUGUCAGAGGUCAACCUGAUAAGGCUGCCUGGGCGCUCGGGGAGAUGUAUAAGAAGCACGCCGUCCUUUACAACUCCAGCAUGGUCUGCUCCUUCGAGCCCAAAGUCAUCUACAAGAUGCGUCAGGCGGACCCCCGGGUGAUCACGGCUCUGGCUCACCGGCCCUGGAGCCUCAGCCGGUUUGGGGACGGCACCCCUCGAACCCUGUCCAGCUGGGGCCAGUACUGGACCGAGGUCCUGGACGUGCUUCUGGACUGGGCCCACCACCACCUGCUGUGGAACCUGUGUGGCGUCUCCGCCAUCCUCAUGCAGAAGGACUACAUCUCCCAGGAUUAUGUGCAGUACUGGGCCCAGAGAGGGGUGGAGGUGGUGGGCUGGACAGUCAACACUGCUCUGGAGAAGCAGUUCUACCAGGAAGCUCUGAAGAUCAGCUACAUCACAGACAGCCUGAUGGAAGACUGUGAUCCUCAUUACUGAGUCAGGUGUACACACACACACACACACACACACACUCACACUCAUAUAAAACAGGCAUCACUUUGUCAUCAGAGUAAGACCAGGUGUUUCCCUUGAGAAACUUUGAUUGUACUGCGUGCAUCUUUACAUUGGGACGUAAUGGACCCAUCUGGAUUAUGUGUCAGUAAAGAAACUUCUCUCACUUCUGUAUAUGGUCCGACUCAUACCAGAUCAGAGAUGUAGGCUAUCUCAAUUUGGAGUCUCCAAACUCGAACUUUCUGCCUUUCUGACUUACUACCUACCAGCAGCACUACCAUGACACCUCUCUUGGCCUAAGAACCUCCAAAUACACAUUUAUUACGAGCAUACAUAUUCUGAUUCCUCAUACUAAAUCUAACUUUAGGACGCAGAUGUAACAACAGAAAUGUAACAUUGAUCUUAUUAACUGUUGAAACGUAAACCUACAGGGGUGUAAGAAAGAAUGCAAAGGUCGGAUGUAAAUUGAAUUAAACAAAUAAUCAUCCAUGCCCUCAUCUGUGUGCUGUGGUGUUUGAAUAAGUGGGCACUCCGGUUUUGAUUUGACUUAAAGGUUCAUGCCGAUGGGACAGG